AUUUAUUUUUAAUUUUUCAAAGAAAAGAAAAGCGUUAUCUGAAAAGAAUGUGGAAGGUGGCACAUAAGCAUACAAAUCGAUCUGGGGCCCUUCCUGAUGUAACAGAGCUGUACAGAAAUGAUAAAUUUGUGACCGACUCACUGUGCUCAGUAUGUGUAAAAUCUGUUAAAGUCACUGCGGAUGGACAGAUAAAGACCAAAACUGUAGGCAACAUCGGCGAUCGUCAUUUGCGGGCUGAUCUGAACUUACCAGGAUUGCAGGAGCGUUGCGCCGUCUCAGCCAACAAUGAUCUAUUUAGGUUGUCAAAGCUAUUGGACGAAAAUGAACCACAACAAAUUGAAAAUCGGCAAAAGCAACCCUCGACCAGAAUUCCACACAAGGAUUGCAUGCUGGCAAAACAGGCCAAUACCUUUCCCAAGCAGCCAACAAUUAAGCUACAGAAAUCAGGAGUACAUGAUCCAAAACAAAUUCGGACUUUUCAAAGAAAGCCAAAGAAAACGAAACAGAAAAAAUGUUACUUAAAUAAAGACGAAAACUCCUCAGAAGAAGAUUGCUAUGAAACAGCUGAAUCAGACCAGCAACCAGAUGAGAGGCCACCAGCAACAAGCUUGGUGCAGCCAAUUGUGCAUCACCAAAGGGAAAAUCCGCACGUUGACAAUGCGAGGCCAGCAAUGUUGUGCCACAAUUGCUGCCAGAAGCACAUUAAAAUCCAUGGGAUGGCUCAAAAAGUAAUGCGAUUUGGUAAAUCUCAUGUGUCGUACUUAAGCUUGGCUGUAUUAUUGGGUUAUCAUUUGGUGUUUUGCCUGUGCACAUUUGCAUUUCUCAGCUAUUUGCUGUGCUAUGAUGUCAUCGAAUAUGUCAAUGAGGAGCGGCGCUAUUUGGUUAAAAUGAAAUCGGCUGGUGUUUUAGCCAAAUGUUUUUACUACAUCAUGCGACUGUUAAAGUUGCCAAUAUUUUAAUUGGCAAUUGCCAGUGUUCUGUUGUUCAUUUAUGCACACAAUCAAUUUAUUUAUUGUAAAAUAUGUGCAAAUUGAUAUAUUUUAGUUAUAAGUGCUAAAAUCUAGUUGCACUCGAACGCGUCCAUUUCGCCACAAAACAUACCUCAUUUGCGACCAACUCCCACCGUUCGGCGCUUGACCAAAUGAAAAACAAACAGUUCGCUUUUGUUGUUAUCCCAAAUAACACUAAAAACUACAGCGAGAAUAACAACAACGACGACGACACCGAAAAUACACCGAAAUUGUAAAGUGUUAAAAAUAAUAAAUUAUUUCUGUUAUUCUAAAUGGUA